AUGGCUCCCGGUGAAGCAGAUCUCGAAAUACUUCUUUCCAGACUCGAGCCCAUCCUCCAUCCUGACACAUUCGUCUUCGUCACAGUUCUCAACACACCAGUCUCUGCGGCGAGCCAAGAUGUGCAAGCACUACAGCCACAACUUCUCUUCCAGGAGGCGGAAGGUACCACACUCGUUCUCGUGCGCGAAAAGGCCAUCGCGCACGGCUUCACCGACUACGUGUUUCCGUGUCGGAUGAUCUCCCUCAGCGUGCACUCGAGUCUUGAGGCAGUGGGUCUGAUCGCUGCCAUUAGCGCACGACUCCGCGAUGCCGGGGUCAGUGCCAAUGUGGUUAGUGGGUUUUAUCAUGAUCAUGUCUUCGUGCCGGAGGGCAAGGAGGAAGUUGCGAUGCAGGUUAUUGGAGGGAUGUCGCGGGGUGAUCGUGAUUGA